GCCAGACUCCAAUUUAUCUACCAGGAACAAGUUUAUCCUAUCGCCCAGGCACUUGAGUGCUUUCCAGCAGGUUGAUAGACAGCAUCAGAGCCCAACUCAUCUGCCUGAAAGAAGUUUUUCAGUUUUUUCUUUUGCCCAGGCACUAGAGUCUUCCAGCAGGUGACCAGAGAGCACCAGAGCUCAAUGCAACUGCCUGGAAAAAGUUUUUAAGUUUUUCCUUUCACUUGGGCAGUAGGGUGCACUUCAACAGAUUACCAGAGAGUGCCAGACUCCAAUUUAUCUACCAGGAACAAGUUUAUCCUAUCGCCCAGGCACUUGAGUGCUUUCCAGCAGGUUGAUAGACCGCAUCAGAGCCCCACUCAUCUGCCUGAAAGAAGUUUUUCAGUUUUUUCUUUUGCCCAGGCACUAGAGUCUUCCAGCAGGUCACCAGAGAGCACCAGAGCUCAAUGCAACUGCCUGCAAGAAGUUUUCCUUUUGCCUGGACAUUUGAGUGCCUUCCAUUAAUUGAAGAGCUGCCUCAGAGGAUUUGUAGGUUUCCCUGCCUCGUUUCAGAGAUUCCUGGAGCCUUUUUUGUCCUCAUCUCUCGUCUCCAGACGCCGUUAAUUCGCAAAAAACUGCGACUAUCAUUGACUCGCCUGUAAUUCCCAAACGACACGUCAGAUUCCCAUAAUUCCUUGACAAAACCAAUAUCGGAUUCUAAUAAUAAAACCGGUCAGGCGCCCUAAUGCCUCGGCUCCCAAUUGGGGCUCCGAUGAUGUUUUGUUGUUCGGAAGGGGCGGGGUGACGAUAAUUGCCCACCACGCCCUCCAAUUAGCAUCGCUUCCACUUUCGGAGUUCACUUGGAAAUUUCGGAAAUUCGUGUGAAGAGUGUUCAAGUGAUCUCUCGCGUGUGAUUUAUGUGAUGCCGCGUAAACGUCGCUCGUUCAGUUCGGAAGAUUCGGACGAUGAGUUUGAUGAAGCGAAACAUCCCCAAAGGAACGCGGCGAACGCGAGGGAGAGAGCGAGAAUGAGGGUGCUGAGCAAGGCGUUUUGCAGACUAAAAACCACUUUACCAUGGGUCCCAGCGGACACGAAGCUCUCAAAACUGGACACGCUGAGACUGGCGACCAGCUACAUAGCGCACCUGAGGGCCGUCCUGAUGGACCAGCCGCCCCCCAGCGACAACCGCCACCCCCUCACCCUGACUUGGCCGUUCACCUUCCAACAGCCUCAGCAACCGCUACAGCCCCAACAGCCCCUACAGAGGCCCGACUCCACGUCCACGUCGGACGGGUCGUACCACGAACAGAUUAACAACCAGCCCCCCUGGUGCGACGUCACGCCCCUACAAGAAGCCGUCAUCAGGGAUAAAGACGUCACUUAUUACUACUAAUUUAUUAUGAUAUUAUAUAAGGGUGUUUAGGUUUAAGGAAGUCGUUCGUUUUGGGGGCUUAAGGGCUUCGCGUGAUUUUGUUUUAUGUGGGUGUAACCGCAGGGGGUGGAUAGGAGGGUUGCUCUAAUUUAUAAGGUGGCAUUUAGGGUUGAUCCGAAUGUGUAUAUAUAUAAGUUGAAUGUGUGGUACUAAGACCAAAGAAUUAUUUUAUAAUGUACUAAUGUCGGUUUAGGUGGAAUAAAAACGAGUU